AUGUCGGAUAUAUUGUCCAGAUGGUUGAACCAGGAGCUUCGGUUGUCCAAAAUCGUUGACCCCAGAACCUUUGCCAAGGAUUUCUCCAAUGGUUACCUGUUCGGGGAGGUUCUUCAUAAAUACCAGAUGCAAAAUGAUUUUAGUAUGUUCCUGAAGAAAGACACCGCCAUCUCCAAAGUGAACAACUUUACACGCCUUCAGCCGACGCUUAGGCUAUUGGGGAUCUCCUUUGACAUAAACACAGCGCAAGACCUGAUGGAUGAGAAGCUGAGUGUUGCCACACACAUUCUUUACCAACUCUAUGGUGCACUAGAAAAUAAGAAGAAUUCAGGAAUCAGCAGGACCAUGAUGGAAAUGAUGCAGCCGGCAGCCAAAGCAAACCUGCACAAAAAGGAGCAUGAGAUAUUGUCUCAUCGGCUUCCCCAGGUGGUGAAAAGGGAUAUAGAAAAAAAGCUUCAAAAAGUUUCUCAGGACAACAGGGUUAAAUUCCAGCAGCUGACGAACACGUCUGUGGUGACGGAAGACAUCCAACAGAAGAAAGACCUCAAAGUCCAGGAUGUGAAAAGGACAGACAACAAGAAAGCCCGUCAAACUUCAGAGAGUAAAAAAGUAUUUCAUGCUCAUAAGAGGUUCACUGGUGUGAAAUAUGACCUGGGUCUUAAAGCACCAAAGCUGGCCUCCUCAACAAAAAAGCAGCAGCACAAAGAACGCCGAGCACAGAUAAUUCAGGCUGAAAUUUCUCUGUUUGAGACAAACAAGAAGAAACUUGUUACUUCCGAUUUUGGCUUAUCUUCAAGUAGUCAGUCCCUUCCUUCAGGAAUUACCAUAGAUGGCAGCAAACAGGACUAUGAAGUCUCAGUAGGUGGGACCAAGCUGAUGUUACUGUCCAACAGCAAGUAUAUACAGGAAAUAAGGCAGAGGCUGAAGGAAAAUGCUGUUAUCCAUGACCAGAGACAAAAAAGAAUAGACUUAUUCCUGGUGGAGCAGUUCAAGGCUCGUCAAGCUGAACAGGACAUACAGCGAGAUGAGCAGUUGGUAAAGCGCCUGACACGUCAGUCUAAGCAUGAGCAGCGUUUGGCUGUGCAGUUAAUGCAGAUACGUAAGCAGAAAGAUGUGAUUGUGGCAAAUUACCUGGUCAGAGAGCAGCAGAUCCAGCUGCGAAGAGAAAAGGACUUCCAGGAAUCUCUGCAUAGAGAGGCGGUUUUGACACAGCAGUCCAAGUUGGCCCGUGAAGAAGAAAUCAGAAAGGAGCUUGAAUUCUGUGAAAGAAUUGCAGCAGAAAAAGCUCAAAGAAGACACAAAAAGCACUUUGAUAUCUGUAAAGACAUUGUGACACAAAUAGUGGAUUUGGCGACCAAAGUUGGAGAACAUCGUUUGCUCACGGGGAACCUGAUUCCAGCAAAGCUGUUGAGACAGUGGAAGGACUUGCUGUUUAGAGGUUUGCCGCUCUAUGAGUCGACGGAAAGCCAACAGCCAGAUCUUGAAUCUUCAGCUUUACAAGACCCUAUACGGCUAAAGAAAGAGGAGACACUCAACAACUUGGACUAUAAUGAAUAUACUAGUAUGGUAGGUGAGUGGGCAUGGCCAGAAGAAGCAGAGGAGGAAAAAUUACCUCCAAGUGCCAACAACAUUCUUGGACAUAUUAUCCAGCGCCUUGAGAAAAUUGCUCACCCACCUGUCGUGGAAACGUCUUCCGCUUUCUUUUCUAACUUUGCUAUUAAGGCCUGUGUCCUGGGCAAGUGUUGCACAGGCAAGACCACCUGUCUGUCCAAGAUAGCUGAAGCACUUGGCAUCUGUGUGUUAUCAGCUGACACACUAGUUACAGAAGCACUGCAGGCUAACAAGAAGGAAAACGACAACAGUGAGAACAAUGAAUUCAUACAAUUCAUUUUCUUUCAUGUGUACUUUAUCCAGAUGUCUCUUGCAACUCUGGGAGCAGCUGCAGAAAAAAAGAUGAGUACAGGCCACAGCAUUCAAAAUGAGCAGCUGGUGGACAUCAUGGUAGAAGCCAUAAGUCACGUUCCAGCUGAGGCAGGUUGGAUACUUGAUGGCUUUCCAUAUGACAUCAACCUAGCCCAUCUGUUAGAGAAAGCCCUGGGUGGGUCUGUAGAUGAAGGCUCUGAAGUUUUAAAUGACUGGAAGAUAGUUGAAGAUCCUAAUUCAUCCAGCCCUGCACCAACCCCCUCACCUGUGCUAGACCUGGUCAUCCUGCUUGACAUCCCUGAUGAGUGUGUGGUCAGACGUGCAUACAGUCAUUUGGGUAUGUCACACUUACUUGAGCUUAAUGUUUGGUAUAUGGGAGCACUGAUAUCAGCUUUUCAGGAUAAUUGGCCAGCAUUAGAAAAAUGGUUUGGUGAAAAGCAAAACAUUUUGGUCUGCAUUGAUGCUGAUAUUGAUGAAGAUGAGCUUUAUAGUAAGGUCAAGUCUGUCUUGCAGAGGGUUUUGCAGGAAAAACAGAAAGCUCCUUCCAGUCCACCUGUUGAAGAUGUAGUUAACGACAGUACAAAAAAUACAGACACUUCUGUAACACCGACUACUGAUGAAAACCAACAUCCAACUCUCAGUGAGCAAGAAGUUGAUGCUACAGAAUCCCAAUCCUGCCUUAAGAAGGAAGAAGUACAAGUAGUGACCUCUGGGAAGGAGUCCCCUUCCUCGUUGUCAAAUAAGGAAUCUGAAGAAGUCCCCCAAGAGUCAUCCUCCUCAGAAAAGACAUCAGGCAGUCAUGCCUGUGUGGAGCAAGCCCUUCCUCCGGAGAUUGCAGAGCAUCUGUACUCAUACUGGGACACAAUGUGUGAUUCUUAUACAAAUGAUGUAAAAAAUGUUAUGCAACAGAUGCGUUUACAACAGGAGGUGAUUGACCAUCAGCUGUUCAACAUCAGAGAGGGAUACAAGCAUUUCAUCGGACGCCCAGAUUUGAAGCAGGAGUUGGUGUCUGAAUGGCAAAAAGACUUCAAUAAUAUACCUGACGACAUGAGAGAAGAUGAAGAUACCAAAGCAGAGCUACAUCUGAGAUUGGAUGAAUUGUGUGAACGCUUGUGGGACAUUAGUGACAAGCGGAAAGAGGAAGAUGAGCAAGAGAGGGACGCUCUCAUGUGUGAGGGGUGGUUGGAGGACCACGCCAUUAUCCUCAUCAAUCACCACUCGAUCCUAAUGCAGGCAGAGCUGAGCCGUUUCCAGCAGACACUUUACAUCCUGAAGGUUUAUUAUUGGAGCAUGCAGGGUGAUGUGCCACUUGAAAGACCCUCCAUAUUUUCAUGUAUUCCUCUGUUGGAAAAUCAUGAAAUUAAAGAUCAGGACGAGAGGCAAGAGACCACUUCCUUCCACAGACAGCCUGACUCCCAACAAGUGACUAAUCAGGCUAAGGCAGAGCCUGAGAAGGUGUCAGCAGAAGCCCAGGAGAGGAUGACAGACCAGCAGAAAGAGAUGGAGGAAAAGAAGAAAGCAGAGAAUGCCGCUACAAACUCAGAGAAGCCUCAGAUAAACACAGAGAAGUCUCCGGCAAAUGUAGAGCAAGCCCAUAAUCAGGAGAGAGGAGAGAAAAUACAUCAAGAAAAUUUAGCCGUGCUGUAUCAAGAGGAGAAUGCAGUAAAGAUGCGCAUUGAGCUGGUCAAAAAUCACGGUCUGAUGAUGGUCCAGGCUCUGCAAAGCAGGGCACAAGAAACUUUUAGCAAAAUGGAAAAGUGGUUUCAAGCACGUUAUCUAACAGAAAUGACAUGGUAUGAUAUACAUAAUGAGGCAUUGCGUAUUGACGAGUUCUCAAAGAUGGUUCGCCAAUGCAUAGAGGCAGGCAAUAAGCUACAAUAUGAAGUGGUGUUGGUAUGUAGAAACUUUCCUGAAAAUGUCAUCUCUGCCUUGUAUGCAGAUGUUAAGCACCAAAUUGCACAACAUUCUGCAUUGUCGUUAUUCCAGGACGGCUCAGAUUUUUAUCUGAACGGAGACUGUUUGUUUGCGAAGGACCUGCCUCCUCCUCCCCGUCCACCCCCUUUGGAGAAACCUUUACCGUCAACUCCAAAGAUCACUCAGCUGGAGUCUCUCCACCGUCAGCUGUACACCAUUGCUCCAGCAGGUCUUAUGUCCACCUCUGAGUUCAGCAGUUUGCUCAAAGAUUUGGUCUCUGUUAACAUGGGCAGAGACACGCUGCCGGUGCUCUGGAUGAGCAUGAACACAACACAGCUGCUAGAGAUUGUGUCACUGCUAACUGAUGAAUAUAAGCUGAUAGACUGGAGGCAAUUUCUGCUGAGCGCAGCUCUCCCCUGGCCCUUUCCCUCACUGACACAGCUGCUGGAUGUUCUGCGUCGUUUGAAGGAAGCAGAUGUUGAUAACACAGGUUAUGUAGACGAGGAGCAGUACUUACAGAUACAGUUGUGGUUUUCCAAUGAGAUUACACAGACUGUUCCAGAAGACCCCUCUGAGCCUUUGCCCUAUAACCGCCUGGCUUACCUUAGCAAGUUAUUUGCCAACCACACUGUCUCUCCUCCACGACUGGAUUAUUUGUCCAUGCUGCAGUACUUUGCAGCUGAUCCUGACCCCAGGCAGGGAUUCAUCAGAGCCCUUAGUGUUGUUUUGGGACAGUGCCUCACGCAGCCUUCACAGGGCCAUCUUAUCAAGUCUAUGCCCAGCAUAGAAGAGGCAACAGAAAUCCCAUUUCUAGAAGUUAACAGAGACCUCAAGGAAGACGACACUCAGAGUGCAUCAAGCAGCUUUUUGUGGGAGCAGGGAGUGUCCAUUCCUCUUCUCCUUAAGGUCGUCUGCCACAAAGUCACAAAGCUGAAAGACAGCAGCAACCUUCCUCCAGGCUGCUUGAGUCAGGAAGAGUACACAGAGCACCUGGCACACAUAUACACAGAGCUGGGAUAUGAACCCGACGACUACGUUCCGUUCUCCAUUCUCGCUCGGCACCCUCACAUCCAGACUCUGAUGGAAACUUCAACGCAAUGCAAGCUUGUCAACAUUCAUAAGGUGCUACUGGCUGGUCUGGAUGAGUAACACACUGACGAACUGUACGAGUUUCAGCUAUUACACUACAAGUUUCU